CGCCCGCCCGCCGCGCCGCCCCGCCGCCCGCCCGGCGACCGGCGAGGCAGCGCCCGGCGGCGGGCGGGAUAAUGCGGCUGCCCAGCCCGCAGGCACCGCCAGCGGGGCGCCGCCGCCGCCAUGUCCCCCCCGGCCUCGGCGGCCGCCGCCAGCGAGGGAGGCAGCAGCACGCCGGUGCCUCCGGAGGAGGAGGCGGAGGGGGCCCGAGAGGAGCAGCGGCCGGUGAAGCAGUCUCUCAGCAAGUCCCUGUGCCGAGAGUCCCACUGGAAAUGCCUGCUGCUGUCCCUCCUCAUGUAUGGCUGCAUGGGAGCCAUGACCUGGUGCCACGUCACCAAGGUGACCCGGCUGACCUUUGACAGCGCUUACAAGGGCAAGUCCAUGAUGUACCAUGACAGCCCCUGUUCCAACGGCUACGUCUACAUCCCCUUGGCCUUCCUGGUGAUGCUCUACGUGGUGUACCUGGUGGAGUGCUGGCACUGCUACACCCGCAACGAGCUGCAGUACAAAGUGGACGUGGAGAGUGUGCACGAGCGUGUGCAGCGGAUGCAGCAGGCAACACCCUGCAUCUGGUGGAAGGCCAUCAGCUACCACUACGUCCGCAGGACCCGGCAGGUUACCCGCUACCGCAACGGGGAUGCCUACACCACCACCCAGGUGUAUCAUGAGCGGGUCAACACCCACGUGGCAGAGGCCGAGUUUGAUUAUUCCAAUUGUGGAGUUAAGGACAUCUCCAAGGACCUCAUUGACUUGGAGAGCUACCCGGCCACGCGGCUCCGCUUCACCAAGUGUUUCAGCUUUGCCAACGUGGAGUCAGAGAACUCCUACCUGACCCAGCGGGCCCGCUUCUUCACCGAAAACGAGGGCCUAGAUGACUACAUGGAGGCCAGGGAGGGGAUGCACCUCAAAAACGUGGACUUCAAGGAAUACAUGGUGGCCUUUUCUGACCCAGACAACCUGCCUUGGUACGUAUCCCACUAUGUCUUCUGGGUGGCGGCUCUGCUGACCCUAUCCUGGCCCCUGCGGGUGCUAAAUGAGUACCGCACCUCCUACGUCCAUUACCAUGUGGAGAAACUCUUUGGGUUCGACUAUGUGGCGGUGACGCCAGCUGACGAGCGCUCCUUCUGCCGGAGGAUGCCCCGCGUCAACACAGUGGACAGCACUGAGCUGGAGUGGCACAUCCGAUCCAACCAGCAGCUGGUGCCCAGCUACUCAGAAGCAGUCCUGAUGGACUUGGUGGGGCUCUCUGGCUGCACCAGCUACUCUGCUUGCCGCUAUGGGGGCUACCGGCAGAACUGCGAGCGGUGCCACAGGACUAUAAGCAGCUCCUCCAUCUUCUCCCGCAGUGCCCUGAGCAUCUGCAACGGCAGCCCCAGGAUCCCCUUCAGCAGCAGCCGCUUCUCCCUGGGCCGCCUGUAUGGCUCGCGACGCAGCUGCCUCUGGCAGAGCCGGAGUGGGAGCCUGAAUGAGCAGAGCUGUCCCACCGAGCAGACCCGCCUCUCCAGCCAGGUGACUGUGGAGGAGGAAGACCCCCCUCCCUACCAGGAUGCCCUCUACUUCCCCAUCCUCAUCGUGCAUCGCAACGAAGGCUGCCUGAACCAUGACCACCGUCACCUCCACCGCAACGGGUCCUGUGUGGAGACCUCACUGUGAAAGCAGAGGGCGGUGAGAUCUCGUUGUCUGUUGCCUGGCCCGAGCCAGCGCAGGAUCUGGGGAGAGGAGCGCAGGGGAGGGAGAUGGCCUAGGAGGACAUCAGGACGGAGCGGACACAGCAUCUCGCUCCAGCAGCCAGCAAAAGCUCCCCCCGCCGUGGCUGUGACCUCCCAGAGGGGUGAGUGCUGAUGCUCCCCCUGGCAUGGCACAGAACUCUAGACCAACCACCACAUGCAAAAAAAAACCCAAACAAACCCCACCAAACCAACCCCAAAACCAUAAUUCAUGGCAUCAAGAUCCAAAGGGGGGAAUAAAAAGACAGGCCUGAUGCAGGAAGGGGAGUGCUUUGGCUCCCAGCCCUGGCUCCAGGCUGGCUUGUGCUCCGAGGAACCAGCAGCCACCAGAAAGCGCCCUGCUGCACCUCUGCCCACCCCACUGCCCAUGCUGGAGUGAGACCCCUUGCAGGGUGGAGGGGAACAUGCCCCUUGGGUGCGGCGUGUAACUGCCUGUGCCUAAAGGUCUGGGGCAUCCAGGCACGUGGAGCUAGCAGCAGGUUAGAGCAAAGGCUGAAAGCCACGAAUUAGCCCUUCUCCUUCCCCCCGACCGUUCCCCACCCUCCCCACUUUUUUUUUUUAGACCAUGCACCGACUGUUACUCUGUUCUCACUGCUGGGAAUGGCACCACCUCCAGAGGAUCCCAGGCUCAGCUCCUUAGGAAGCAUCGGCACGCCAGCUUUGAGAGUCGGCAUCCCCUAGGUAAAGGGCUUUCUGUUUGGGAUUACAGCAGGCAGGCAGCACUGGGGAAGAGAUGAAUGUGCAAACCCAGAUGGAGCGGAGAUCUGUGGCGCUACUGAUCUGCUUGCUGGAGGAGGGCUCAGCUGGAAAGAGAAAACGGGAGGCCCCUGAUGAGCUGGGAAAGGGGGGGGAGGAUCAGGCAUCGUGGCAAUAGGUGGUGUGUCAAGUGGCUGGGGUCCCUCCCUGGCUUUUAAGUGAGUCCUAGUCGGUUCAGACAAGCAUCAGGGCAGGCUAUGGUAGGUUCAGCUGCAGUUCACCAAUUGAUAAUAGAGCAGCAGGUUGGUGCAUGUCUGUAAGAGUGAAUUUUGCAUGAGAUCAGGCUGGGCUCUGGCUGCAGACUCUGAGCUGCAGGCUCCUGGCAGGCUGGUUUUGGCAGAGAGCUCUGAGGGGCUGAGAGGGAGAAAUACAAAAGCACGCUGGAGCGUCAGGAACCUGGGCUGGGGAAAUGAGGAGCAAAGGGAUUCCCUUUCUGUGAGGCCCCACUGUGGGAGCAGGUGGGAGACAGGGAGGCAUCUGCUGUGAGGGAUGCUCUGCAGAACAGAGGCUGGGGAUAUGCUAGAGGGAAACCUGCUUAAAACCGAGCGGUUUGCACUGCAGAGGUUUUUGCAGAGAGGUGUGAGGCUGUGAGAAGUGAAGUGGCUUCUGUGUAGCCCAUUAACCCCUGGGUUCCUCUGCCUUGCUCUUGUCAGGGCAGGUUGGCCUGCUCUGAGCUUUGUGCUGCCCCUUCUAUCCUGCUGGAAAGGAUUUCGGUGAUAUUGGGCAAGGAGCGUUCAUGUCACUGAAGCUGCAUCGGUGGCUGCAGUGUGCAGGCACCCAGCUUUUCCUUUUCUAUCAACACAUCCCCAGAUCUCUCGUGUCCCUGUUCUCAGAAAAGCUGCCUCCUUUUCAGUCCGCUCUUUGGGGGAGUGCAUGCCAAAUCAGCCAGCGAUUUCUCCAGAGAGCACUGCUCCUCAGCCUCACCGUGCUUCCUUCAUCAGCUGGGGCAAACAACGGCUGAGAGCAGCAGGUCUUGGGUGACAAGAGCAAGUCCAUUAGUGCCUGGGCAUUCAAGCUUGGUGUCUGCCUCUGCUUCCAUCGUAGAAGGGCAAGAUGUAACAGCAAACAGUGAGGCAUUGUAUUUAGUCCAGCCCAUCUUCCUCCUGCCAACUGUUAAUGAAGGGUCUGUUUCUCUAGUCAUGCUGCUGUACUGCUUCACCUCCUAGAUCUUGGGGAGGCUGCAAAUGCACCCUUUCACCACAUCAGUCCUCUUUUGAAAAUCAUCUCUUGCUGGCAAGCCUGGAGCGGUCAGCGCCUGUGGGUGUUGUAAGGCUCCACUUGGCUUUGCUCCCAGAGCUGUCUGUUCUUCUGCUCUUGGUGCCUUGCAUGUCCUGGUCAGUGUCUCUUGCCCUUUAAGUCAGCUUGUCCUCCUGGAUCUCAAGUGCUAGACUCCAAACAAUGGCAGUUUGAACAGGAAGUCCCUUAAAAUGUCACUCCGUUAUGAUUCCAUUUUGUCGUCUGCCUUUACUCUUGCUACCAGACCUAGAUGUUGGGUUAAAUAAGAGGGUCCCUUUGAGAACAGAGAAGCAUAAGGUGUCCGGUGUGGGCACAUCCCUCUCUGCGUUUUAUUCUCAUCAUUAUUGACAUGGAUUCAGACUGGGUGAAAGCGGCUACAGCCCCCUUGGCUGCCCUGGAAUUUCCUUGCUUUGUGAUCACAUUUGGCUUGCUGUGUGCUUGUGCUUCUCUCUCCAAGGGCCUAAUGUAAGCCAAGGCCAAUGCUGAGGGUCCUCGUGACUCUGGGGAGAUAAUGGUGUGUCCUUGUAUGUCCCAGUGAAUCAGGAGACGUUCAGUCAGUGGAGCUGCAAUGGGUCAUUAGUGAGGAAUGUGGUCAGCUUGUCCUUCCCAACAUGUUCUCUUUGAAAUCUCCUACACAUUGCUUAAAUUAGGCUAUGAUGGCUUGUCUUUCUAUCUCCAGCCUCCAAGGUGCCUUGGACAGAUGGAUUUAUCUAAGAUUUGGCAGGCCUUUUAGUUCCCUGGGGCAAAGACAGUCCUCAGAAUAGGGAUGUAAUCUGUAGGGUCUCUGUGCCCCCGUCCUUUAGCACCUGCAGCAGAGUUCUGCUUUCAGGCACCUUGUCCUUGGCUCUUUCUGGGCCUUUUAAUGAGAUUGCCUCAACUUGUUCCUCUGGCCCCAUUUUCACCCAUGAAAUCUUAUUCUGGAGGUGGUCUAUCCAGGUGGACGCAUGUUGGCCAGCAGGAUCCAUGCCGUCUUUCUGUUGCUGAACACCUUCCCCAUGCACAUAGUGCCAGCCACAGUCAGGUCCCAGAUGUAGUCCCAGUACCAUGGUCUGUGGUCACCCCAGACCAACAGCACCCUGGGAAGUGGGACCUCUCUAGUCAGUGCUCCCUGCUGCAUGUCAGGAUUUCUCAGAGAUCCCCUUCCUCAUAUUCGUGGCCCUGCUGCCCCACUGCACCUUGUGGAGCUGCCCACCCUGGUCCAGCCUACUCCAUUCUUGCCAGGCUGGAGACCUUCCUGCCCUGUCUUAGGCUCAGGAACAGAGGAUGGCACACUUGGGCAUGGGAGGGGAGCAGGACUGGGCAGGAGCUGCCUGGUGGCUUGGCAGAGAAGUGGUGGAGCUGAAGAGGACAGACUGAAACUAGGGUUGUGCUCCCUGUCCUCCUCCCUGCCUGCAAUGGCAGGGCAGCAUGUCUAGCUAGGCAGGGAAGUUCAUGGCAGGCAACUGGGCUCUCCCUUCCCACUCCUGGCAUGGGAUGCAGCUGGCAGAAAGGGCGUGCAUGUACAGGUUGCCUCCUAAGUGUUGGCGAGGGACCCUAGUGCCCUGGGCAAAGAGCAGCUGAUUUAAUUCUCCUUGCGGCCCAGGUUAUCAGCACAGAUAUCCAGAGGCGGUCGGUCCCUGUUCUGGUGCACAGCCUCUCCGUGGUAGAGUGGUCCCCUCUCCUCGGCACACAGACAUCCACCCGCCACAGCUCCAGGCUGAGCAGCAGACAGGUGUCUGCUCUUCCUGCAGACUUGUGUCUGCUCUCUGCCAUGUCUGCGUCAGUGAUGACGAUUCCUUUGGCAGCUCAUUCGAUGGCCCAGUCUGCUCCUCUCAUGAUAGCCCACUCCCUUAUAUCUAACCUGAAUUCUCCCUGCUGUAUCUUAAUCCCGUUACUUCUCCUCCAUUGACUGGUGAGUCUAAUUGGCUCUGCUCCUUUUCCCCAUGGCCUUUCCAACACAAGCAGGUGUUACCUGGUCACUGCAGCCUUCCCUUCACCAGUCGCACGGUCUUCUCUCCCCCACAAUCUCACUGGGCAAACCCUGGCUUGUAUGGUGGUACAGAUGUUUCCUCUGUGUAGUGAGUCUGUCCUUUCUGCUCUGAGCCCGGCCUGGGCAAGAGGAGAGGGCCAAAGGUGCAAGCAAUACCUUGGUCUGUCAGGCUGGCUGUGUCCUCAUUUCUGGUGCAGAAGAUCUCUUCAGCAUAUGCGAAGUACACAGAGCUGCUGGCCCCUUACGCAAGGAAAGCAGGACAGCCUGCAUCACCCUCUGGAAAGGUGAAAGCCGGGUGCUUGUCAGUACGAGGGGGCAAUAACUAGAGGAUCUCCGCAGUCAGACGGCUUUGUUUUUUUUCCAUACGUCAUUCACCCGUUGCAGCUUUCCAUGGGCCAAGAGUCAGGCUCAGCAUUGCACUUGUCAUCAGGCUUUCCUCACGUACUGGGCCGAGUGAGGCGGGAACACUGCCAGCUCCUCUUCCUGGCCCUUCAUGGCGCUAAUACCUCCCUAGAAGAGAGCUAGUCCUUACUGCUGCAAGGCUGGACAAUAAGUUUGGGCUAUUUGGUGUUUCCCAUUGCUGCCAGUAUAGUUGUCAGGUACUUAAAAGCUCUCCAGCUUUCCUGAACUAGAGAAAGAGAGAGAAUGAGCACAAGAGAAGCUCUGGAUUAGCUGAUCUUCAUCUUCCAGAACACACUGGAUUCUUUCCAGAUAGUGCCUAGCACUUUGCUUGUGCAGAACCAGGCAGUGACACCAACCAGCCUGGUGGUACUUCUUGAGCCCACUGUGUAUCACGCAGACCACACCAAGGAGGGAGAUUUCAGAGAGGGCUUUUGGGUUGAGCAACUGUAGGGGCAUUCGUUAGGACAGGGAGAGGGAAUCUCAGCUUAUGGCUAAGGCCAAGCCUUCCAGAGUCACACACCAGGCGAAUACUCAGGAUUAGUGCUGGGGAAACUGCUGUUUUUCUGAUGUCAAACAAGCACACCCCUCUCCCUUUCCACUCCCCAUAAAAUGCACAUGUUAGAGACCCAUCCCAUCCCAGCCCUCUUUGUUGUCUCUCCACUCAAGAGGCUGCAGACCUGUUUAGUAACUCUGAUGGAUGCCCAUGGGGAGGGGACUGCAGGAAGAGGUUUAUUAAGUGGAAGUUUAAGAAAGUUAGGUAGCAUCCAAUGUCAGUAAAACAGUGCCUGCUGAUUAGCCCGUGGGAAGAAUAAUACCUUUUAAGCUCUCCUUCCAGCCUUUCCAACCACAGCUUCAGUACUGCUGUCUAAUAUUACCAGGGUGCUGCCUUACUUUUAGCAGGGUACAACCCUGCUGCAAUGUGCUCCUACUCUGCUGCAGUAGCUGUAGGGCAUGGGUCUGAAAUACUACACCACCACCAAGAAGUUGUGUUACCAAAGAGCUGUAAGUCUCAAUUUGUGAUAUGUGCUUAUAAUCAUCUUUCAUUCAUAUUUGGUGGUUAGAAUAAGGUCUGUAUGAAUAUGAUCUCCAUCCAGAUCAUCUUAGAAAUGGGACAUGGUUUAAGCGUUAGCUCUAUUUGGUAAUGCUGCUUCCUGUGAUGUGCGUGGGCCUAGAGUCUCCACUGAGUCAGGUAUGUGUGGGGACCAAAGGCUGGUUCAUAGGACCUGGGAGCUCAGUGAGGACUUGGGGCUGAGCCUGCCUAGGGCUCUUUUCCUCGUGGGCAUUCUGGAAAAAGGGGAAAGGAGCUUAACCACAUUUCAGGUAGAAAUUAAUGGGCUAUGUUCAUUCCUAGUGUAAUUUUAUUGAACCCAGUGGUACUAUACCAAUGUGAGCUUGGCUUAGCAACUUCUCAGAGUGGUCUGUCCUUGAGUCCAGACAAAUUGAUCUGUCACAGUGUUGAUUUGAUGCAUAGAGUUUGUGUUGGGACUUGGCCAACAUGAAUGAAUGUUGAAUAUCUACUGUCUCUGCAAGCAGUGGGUUGAAUUGUUCUGCUCUACUGCCUCCAUCACAGCUGCUCUGCCAAGGGAAACAUUAUGCCCAUGGAUGCGAUCUCGUCAACUCCCUCAAAAGCAAGCUAACAAGCAAAUUGACCUCCAUCGCACUGGGAGAGGAGCCUUCUCCCACAGGACUGGAGCCUUUCCACACAUGAGGGAAGAGAGAUCCCAAGGACAGAACUGAACCUGCAAGACCCAUGUCCUCACAUUCCUUCUUCCGUCUUCACCUCGUCUGUCUGUCUUGGGGGAGGGACAGUUUCUUUGUGGAGUUCAGCAAGCUCCUCUUCCUGCAGCUCAUAAACAGGGUCUACUAACAGGUACAUCAUCCACCUAUGCAACACUUCCAGAAGCUGCUGACUUUUCAGGAGCCCAUUACAAUGUGCAGCACGGCCAUCCAGCACUGAGAAUAAGCACAGGGGCUGCUGGAAAGCUAAGUGGGUUUUAUUCCUCCCUCCCUCCCAAGGAAGACUGUUUUUGUUGGGGCUUUUUGUUCGUUUGUUUGGUUUUUGUAAACUUAAUUUGGGCAAAUGAAGCUUGUGAGAAAUUGGUGCCCAUCCUGAACCUUCCCCAGUCCUUUGAACUUCAGGAACGGAUGGAUCACCUACUGUGAUUAUAAUUUAGCGGAUUUUGUAGAACAAAGUAACUUCACACACAGACACAUGAGGUUCUUUCACUCUCCAUCAGCACAAGCUGCUUCUGCUAUCUUAGCUACUCACAUUAGUGAAAGAAAAAGCCUAGCUAGAAUGUGGUGAGAUGACUUAGUACUUUGUAUCAGUCCCAUGGUCCCAAUGUCCAUUAGCAGCACCGUCAGCUGCCGUGCCGUGAAUUCGGACUUUGGACGGCAGUCCGUGAACCGGCCAGGGGAAAACAUUUGGAAAAACCCAAGCCUGAGUCUAUAUGCGUCUCCAGAAGCAAAUGCAGAGAGAGGAUCAGCUGAAAGCAGACGUCACCUCUUGCUCAGCCCAGCCAGAAGCUGGUGGGCUCUGUUUGUGUUGUACCUGCCCUCCCAGGGAGAACCUGUCCCCAGGGGCUGAGCAGAGGGGAAUGAAAGUAAUGGCACAUCUGAUGAAGCAGCAUGUACAGCACCGUUCAGCCGGCUGGGGAAAAAGCGGUGACAACUAGACCCCAAAAUAACAGGAUUUCACUUUGGAAAUGCCAAUGGCUUUUUCAAACUGAAGUGAGACUAAAAGGCCUUAACAGUUGUGAGAAGUGUUUCAGGUUGCUGUUCCUUGCUAAAAAAAUCUAAUUUUUGAUGAUGAGGUGGUUUUAAACACUCCACUUAAGCCAGCUCUGUUAGAAAUGUGCAGUACUGGUGAAGAGAAAUGCUCAAGGAAGAUUGGGAUGGAGGCCCUGUGGCUUUGCGGUGGGGUAGGCUGAUCAGGAAUGGAGUCUGUAGUUUAAAGUCUUCCUCUGCCCCUGGAGGUGUGUGUGCCUGGCAGGGUGGGCUUCUGCAUGCUUGUGUGCACAGCCGGGACCUGCGGCCCUGCAGAGGGUUGGUCGGUUUGUGGCUUUGGUCUAGCAUCACCCAUCCGUCCUUGUGGCAAGGGCUUUGCAGGGUGACAGAGCAUUGCUUGUUCCUCGUGAGAGGAAACUCCUGACCUGUUUUUUGUGAGGAGGUGGUGUGAAGUGUCACAUUUGCUGCAGUGAGUGGCAGGGAGCAGGGAUAAAAGCAUGGAGCAAGCUGUGUUUGAGAACAAGCUAAUCCCUUGCUGGCUGCCUGAAACAGGAGAGCUGGUGGAUCUGCUCCCUGGCCAACACUCUCCAGCUCUUCUCACACUCCACAAACCCAAUGCGCAAACUGUCAUUCCUCUAGCUUUAGCAGCUAUUCCUUUAGCAGCUAGCUAAAGCACCCCCCUCCCCUGAAAUCCUCCCAGGCCGUGCAUUCACAUAAUUUUAGUCCUCUCCCUGCUAGGUGCUGUGGGCCAGCUGUGAAACGCCAGCAGAUGCAUGAUGACCUCAGGCGUGCUGGUGGCCAGACCUCACCAUAACCUGCUGGUUUGCCUGUGCACAGUCUUCUGACAAUGCUCCCUGCCCUGGCGUGCCUUGUGCUUGCUUGACGGAGAGACAGCACAGCCUGCAGAGCAUUGCAGCACAUCCUGGCCUCUCUUUUGCAUCACUUUCUGCUUUCCCAGAGAAUUUCACAGCACUUCUCUGAGCCUUUGUAGACAGGGUAAGUUCAACAGACCAAAGUUAGAAAAUAGAAGGCCUUGACGUUUUGGUGGUCCUGAUUUCCAGAGCCCUGGUGCUGUCCCUGGGGAUGAUAGGCAGGUUGGCUGUCGUGGCAGUGCAGGACCAGGGGACAGAGUUGUGGUGAAAGCAGCGUGUCUGCUGGGCUAGUCUCUGAACAUGGGCUCUGUGCUUCUCCACUGGGACUGAGGGCAGCUUUGCUGUGGGCUGAACAAGGCACAGCUGAUGGAGGAGCUAGCUAAGGAGGGCAGAAGUCGCAUGUGAAUGCUCAGCAAGACAUGUGGAGAGGAGGGGCUGUAUGAGAACAGCUGUAAAAGGCUUUACAGAUGUGGUGGUUUUUAUGGGAGACACAAGGCAAGACAGGGCAGGAGUCUGCUGUGCUGGAGCAGCGGUGCUGGGAGGCAGGGAGGCUGUGGGGGAAACAGAGGCAGCAGGACAUUUGGUGGAGAAGUCCGGGAACAAAGUGGGCUUUCAAAGCAGGCUGUGCAUGCUCUGGCUGAGGAGACAAGCAGGAGAUAUUUCUAAGCUGAGGUGCCCAGGCCAAGCCUCGCUGCAUUGUCAGAGCAGCGAUGUUGCCUCCAAGCCCAGCACUGACAGCUUGAGCACGUGUCACCAAACCGCAAUGGCUAAUGAAGCCACAAGGUGUAAAUGUCACUAAUGAAUAAAUUGCCUUGUGCCUUGGAGAGGCUAAUCCAUCACGGCGGGGGACAGGGAUCUGACAGGCUUGGCUAUUUCAGACAUAGCCUGUAAGGAGGUGGAACGCUUCAUUUCAGACCCGUCCCCUCCGCCUAGGGAAGCUGAUGCAGGGCUUGGCUCAGCGCUGCUCCCUAGCUUCCCAGCCACAUGAGCUCAGGCUUCAUCCCUCUUCACUGCGAUCGAAGGAAGAAGCAGGAGAGGGUCUAGGUUAGCCAAAAGUGCCCUGUCAGCAGGGUGGUGCGUGGGCCCUGGCCAGGGCUAGCUGGUGAGGGAGUUUGGAGGCAGGCUACUGCACACAGGGCAUGGGUGGUGUAGGUGCUGGCAGGAUAAAGCAGUGGGUCCCCAGCGAUCAGGAGAGCUUGCGCCAGUUGUCUGGGGUGCAGGGCUUUGGCCUGCACCGUGCGUGUUUCAGGCCAGUCGUGUUUGGUGCCAUGUUUUACAAACAUGCCGUUUACUCCCCAAUUCAGUUUCACAGUUUGCCCCUGUAAGAGGCGACCUGGAAAUGCUCCAAGCCUGUCCCAGCACAAGCCCUCACCCAGUCCGGAGAUGGCUCUACUAUGCUGUCCCAGGGGCAGUGCACAGCCCCCCUCCAUUUUCCCCUCUGCUGUUGAACCUCAGCCACCAGCACCUCAGCUGGUUGAACAGAGGGCCAGCAGGUACCCAGCAGGCAGGGACAGAAGCUCAGUGUGGACAAAUCCAGCUCCGUGGGAGCAAAGGGAGGCUGAACGCAGCAACCAUUUCCAUGCACAGCUUCUGCCCAUCCCCACGGCAGCCUGCUCCUCCACCCCCAGCUGGUGCUCGAAAUCAACCUGCCGUCCUGUUUACGACGUAUGCCAGCAUGACACCUUCCAAAUCGAUGCCUGGGUCGCUGUGAGCAGAAGUCGGCAGGCUUGGGAAGCCGGCCACCGGCUCCUGCUGCCGUGUGCGCUGUGCUCAGAGCAGCAGAAGCGGGGCUUGCCAUCUGCUGCGGGAGGGAGCCAGCCGGGUGCCCCUGCUCCGGCCUGAUGGGGUACCCGCUGGCAUAGUCCAAGUGCAAGCCCUUGUGUCAUUCCCCCUCCCCACCUUCCCCCAUCUCUGUGGCACAGACCCAUGGGCGGGGGGAUGCUCCCAGCUUGGCUAGGGUCCCUCUGCUGCUGAGUGCCGCUCACACUGCACCGGUGGAUGGUGGCAGGAGGGAAGACCAGCUCCCAGGCAAGGCGCUGGAGGUCAUUCUCUCCUCCAGACGGAAGCCCACAGCUGACCCCUCUCCUCAAAGCCCUGCAGUACUCCUUGGGGAUGGAUCUCAUGGGAAAGCUAAGGGGUCUGUACUGGCCCUGCGCUGGGACAUGCCCUUCCCAGCACAGUGACCUGCUAGUUAUCACUCUGCAAGGCAGUCCCACACCACAGUAACCGGACCUGAAGCUGACAAGUGACCUACCAACGACAGGCAUGUUCACACUCAGACUAUCUGCUGUUGCUGUCAGGGCUUUCAUUUUGACUACCGCGUAUGGUUUUUGAAGUGCUUUCAACCCUCGAAAACUGGCAGAUAGUUGACUGUUGGUCUUGGGUGUGGGCGAAUGGUGCAGGCUGCUUCGUUUGGGUUUUGCUCUUUGGCCAAGAGAUUGAUGGGAGGGAAGGCAAAGGGUUCUCCAGGCAGCAGCUACCUGUCCAGGCAUUCCUGUGUGUGGCAGCCCAGGAGUGGGCUUGGAGGGUGCUCAGGUGGUGUCAACAGUCUCAGCCAUUUGCAGGAAGAGGAGCCGUGAGUAUCCUGGAAAGCAAGUCAACAGUUGUUCUGGUGACGAUACGUUUUCCCAAGCCCUUUUCUUCCCGUCCCUGUUCCUCACUGGCUCUGGUGGCCAAUUCCUCCUCAUGUGUCUGCUAGCAUGUCUGAGGGAUCUUAUUGCUGCCCUCCCAGCACGAGCUUUCAUUGCACAACUGGCUGACCAGGUGCAGCCCUAUACUUGGAGCUACAGGCAGGCUUGCCCAGGACCAGGCCACCCCCAUUAAACCACCACCCCACCCUCGCUGCUGGAGCUGUUCCUUCAUCAGCCUGAUGCUGAUCUGGGUCUUUUCUGCUGUUUCUGAACAUGAGUUCUCAUCUCAUUCAGGUGUGUCAUUCAGUGGAAAUAUUUUGUAAAUGCAAAUAAAAAGAAAAAAAAUCUAUUCAAUACCUCGGUCUCGAGGAUGGGAAACAAGUAGUGGGAGAUGCCCGAGUGGGGAGGUUUCACAGCUGCUGCUGCUGGUUAGGAUUUCUUGCGGAUGUAGCCCCUGGAGCAUCCAUGAAUAGUUGGGAAGGGAGCUACACAGACCUGUGAGGGCUUGGAGCUGAGCCCUGUCGGCACCCCUCGCAUGGCCACUGCCACUGGGGAUAGCCUUGCACUCCAUCCUUUCUGAUCUAUAAGGGCAUGAUACGGCACAGGUAAAGGUCCUGUCGGCUGGGGGCUGGCAGCUGGCGGCACUGUGGGCGUCUGUAUCCAUCAGGCAGAACAAGGCAGAAGCGGGUAUGUGGUGAACAAAUUCUUUUGUGAACACUGGGAAACAGUUUUUACUUUUCGAUUCUGUCAAUAUGAUCUAGCUCUGUCUGUCUCUAUAUAUGUACAAACAGUAUAUCACAAUGUUGCCUUUUUUGUUGGAAAUAUAAAAGUACAAAGAUUGUAAACCAAAUCGGUGUAAUAAAAGUUUCAGAUGAUUCACUGA